UCUAAAUAGACAUACCUACGUGCCAUUUUGCGUGAAAGAAUUCUUACGUUCCAGGCUGUGUACACGAGAGGCGAUAUAUUAAUAGAGUUAUCAUUAAAAUUACGGCUUUAUCUAACCUUACGCUAACUCAUUACAACACUUACUAUGUCCUGAUUUUAAAAGUGUUUUUGAUUAACAGUUAAUAUGAAGUGUGACGAUAUCCUUGAAUCGCCAGAGUGCAGUCUACUGAAACAAGGAAAAAUAAUAAAAAAUCUACCCUAUCCGAAGGCAGUUGGGUUCAUCGUCACAAAUGAGUUUUGCGAGAGAUUUUCUUACUAUGGAAUGCGAACAAUUUUGUCCUUAUAUCUACGGGACAAACUCGGGUACGGAGAUGACAGUGCUACUGUCAUAUACCAUGUAUUCACGAUGUUUGCAUACUUCUUUCCUCUAAUCGGCGCCAUGAUUGCUGACGGUUGGUUAGGAAGAUUCAGGACAAUAUUUUAUCUAUCUUUGGUGUACGCGACGGGAAGCGUCCUUAUAUCACUCUCAGCCAUGCCGCCAGUAAAUUUGCCGCAAUUGGAAUUCACAAUUAUAGCUCUAUUACUAAUAGCAUUUGGCACUGGCGGUAUUAAGCCCUGUGUAUCGGCCUUCGGCGGAGACCAAUUCAAAUUGCCAGAACAAGAGAGAUAUUUGGGAUAUUUCUUCUCGCUAUUCUAUUUUGCCAUCAACGCGGGGAGUUUGAUAUCCACCUUCCUCACGCCUAUUCUAAGAGCAGAUGUACACUGCUUCGGCGAUAACGAUUGUUAUUCAUUGGCAUUUGGUGUUCCUGGUAUUCUCAUGAUUGUUUCUAUAAUAUUUUUCGUGGCCGGUAAAAGAUUGUACGUCAUGAAAACUCCCACAGGAAACGUUCUGGCGAAGGUUUCGUCUUGCAUCGGUCACGGCGUGGUAAGGUCCUACAAGAGCAAAGAAAAGAGGGAGCACUGGCUGGACCACGCUGACGACAAAUACGAUUCAAACCUCAUCGAAGACGUCAAAUCCCUACUUCGAGUACUUGUAUUGUUUAUACCACUACCAGUGUUUUGGGCACUAUUUGAUCAACAAGGUUCGAGAUGGACAUUCCAAGCUGACAGAAUGGAACAGGAUAUCGCUGGGUGGACUUUAAAGGCUGAUCAAAUGCAAGUACUCAAUCCUCUGCUAAUUUUAAUCUUCAUCCCGCUUUUCGAAGUGGCAAUAUACCCCUUUUUAACAUGGUGUAAAUUAGUACGAAAACCAUUACACAAAAUGAUUUGGGGAGGAGUUCUUGCUGCUUGUGCUUUCAUUAUAUCCGGUGUCGUCGAACUUAACCUGCUGCCUACUUAUGGAACUCCGGUAUCAGAAGGUCUUGCACAACUAAGAAUUUAUAACGGAUAUAAUUGUGAAUUCGCAUUAAACAUAACUAAUGGUAAUACAUCGCAUCACGCUACAAUUGGAGCUUUAGGAUUGUAUGAAAAACUUGACUUUGAAGCCAAUGAAAUUAUUCAACUGCCAUACUCACUUCGAGGAAUGCAAAAUACUGAAUGUGAAAACAUAACGUUCAGUAAAACCUUCUCUUUGAAGGAGAAAACAGCAAAUUCCUUUUUCAUUACCGAUGAGUUCUACAAUUUCACUGAUAACAAUAACAAAGCCAUAGAUGGUGUGAGUGUAAGAUUUUUAUCGAACGUUAAUACGCCCGUGACUAUUAACGUCCAAAACAAUAAAAAGAAUAGAACGUCAUUAAUUAUAAACAGCGAAGACAGAACACAAAAAUCUAUAGAAAAAGGAACUUACGACGUUAUGGUAGAUGGUGUUGUGGUGUUACCAGACUUCCAAUUUAAAGCAGGAGCUGUGUAUACUAUUAUUCUUUACCAAACAGGAAAUGGGUCUUACAUGGCCGAAGCGGUGAUCAUAACGCCUCCGAACAGCGUACACAUAUUGUGGUUAGUUCCUCAAUACGUGGUAAUGACGAUGGGCGAGGUGAUGUUUUCGGUGACCGGGCUCCAGUUCUCGUUCACGCAGGCACCAGCUAGUAUGAAGUCUGUCCUACAAUCUGUCUGGCUACUUACGGUUGCUUUCGGCAAUCUUAUCGUAGUCUUAAUUGUUGAAGGAAACUUUUUAAACGCUCAGUGGAAGGAAUUUUUCUUAUUUGCGGGUCUUAUGUUACUUGAUAUGUUAAUAUUUAUGACUAUGGCCUUAAAAUACAAAUACGUGGAACUGAAAUCAAGUACUGAGGACCUAACCGUCGAAGAAAUAAAGUUACCGGAUAAAAUAUGCAAAGAAAACUAGGUUUAUAUAAUAUAUUGUUAAAUAAAUAUUAUUUUAAUUAUAUAAAUUAUUAAUAUAAUAAAAUGAACAAAUCAGGUUAUUAAA